UAGCCAUAUGUUUACUGGUUAUUUAACCCGAAUAGUAAAACAGUUGUUAAGCUUUGAAAGCACCCCUGUGCAAACUGUUCAGCUUGUCUCAUUUUGGAGUGUUUUCGGGACGCGUACUUGCACGACUGCAGAGACUGCCUUUGUUUCAAAAGCGCACAGGAGAUACAUGCACUCACCGAAAGCUAAGCGACAUUGUAGUAACAUGUCGCCUGUUAAAAUAGGCACACACAACGGAACUUUUCAUUGUGAUGAAGUGUUAGCAUGCUUUUUCCUUCGCCAGCUCUCGGAGUACAAGGAUGCUGAAAUAGUUCGCACUCGCGACCCUGAGGUGCUGGGCAAGUGUGAUAUUGUCGUAGACGUUGGAGGAGAGUAUGAUCCAAAGAGACACCGCUACGAUCACCAUCAGAGGUCUUUUGCAGAGACCUUUAACAGCCUGCGUCCAGAGAAGCCAUGGGUGACCAAACUGAGUUCGGCCGGUCUGGUGUACCUGCACUUCGGCCGCCGUGUUCUGGCUCAGCUCACACAGCUGGACGAGCAGGACAAACAGUUGGAUGUCCUGUAUGACAAGCUGUAUGAGAACUUUGUGGAGGAGGUGGAUGCAGUGGACAACGGGAUCUCUCAGUACGAAGGGGAGGCGCGUUACGCCGUGUCCUCCACUCUCAGCGCUCGCGUCAGCUAUCUGAACCCACGCUGGAACAGCAAAAGCCAAGACACUGAGGAGGGUUUCCACAAAGCUCUUGCUCUGGUCGGUGAUGAGUUUAAGGACCGUUUGGACUUCUACCAUACCUCCUGGCUUCCAGCCCGUGCCGUGGUAGAGGGAGCCGUCCAAAUGAGACACCAGGUGGACCCCAGCGGGGAGGUGGUGGUGUUGGCUCAGGGUGGGUGUCCGUGGAAGGAGCACCUGUUUUCUCUGGAGAAGGAGCUGAAGGUGGAGACCCCUAUCAAGUUUGUGCUGUACCCCGACCAGAACGGCCAGUGGAGGGUCCAGUGUGUGCCAGCUGGCCUUAACACCUUCCAGAACAGACUGUCUCUGCUGGAGGAGUGGCGCGGGGUAAGGGACAACGCCCUGUCCCAGCUCAGUGGCAUCCCUGGCUGUAUCUUUGUUCACGCCAGUGGCUUCAUUGGAGGGAAUCUGACCCAGGAGGGGGCACUUGAGAUGGCCAAGAAAACUCUCAAGGCAGCAAGAAACGCUGGAGGAGACCAGGCCAACGGCUGCUGACCUCUCUCUCUCUCUCUCUCUCUCUCUCUCUCUCUCUCUCUCUCUCCCCAUCAGUCUUACUGACAUCCGUACUCGCAUCCUUGCCCGCUGACUUUUGUCUCUU